AUGUCCGAUCCUUUCAAGGCACGAACUCUGAAGAGGAAGAACGUCAAGGGUUUGGCUCUCAAUGCACCACCACCGAAGCAAGCAAAUCCGUCUGAGGGCGAUUCACAGAUACCGGGUGCUAUAGGGAAUGCCGAUGCCAACAGAGCUGAUACCCUAGAGAUUGGCCUAGAAUUCAAAUUGGAUCUGAGAAGUGAAGAUUUGGUUGUGCUGAAAGAGCUGGGCGCAGGCAAUGGUGGUACUGUCAGUAAGGUCAUGCAUGCCACCACCAAGGUGAUUAUGGCAAGAAAGGUAAUUCGAGUCGACGCUAAGGAGAACGUUCGGAAACAAAUCGUGCGCGAACUCCAGGUUGGCCAUGAAUGUAACUCGCCAUAUGUCAUUAGAUAUUAUGGUGCUUUUCAAAACGAAGCAAGAGACAUCGUGUUGUGUAUGGAGUACAUGGACUGCGGCUCCCUGGAUCGCAUAUCGAAAGACUUUGGUCCUGUACGGGUCGACGUCCUAGGCAAGCUGACCGAAUCGAUCCUGGGAGGUCUUGUCUACUUGUACGAAGCACAUCGAAUCAUGCACCGCGACAUCAAGCCUUCAAAUGUGUUGGUCAAUUCUAGGGGAAUGAUCAAGCUUUGUGAUUUUGGUGUAGCUACUGAGACAGUGAAUUCGGUUGCUGAUACUUUUGUCGGAACUUCAACUUACAUGGCACCCGAACGGAUACAAGGAGGUGCAUACACGGUCAGGUCCGAUGUCUGGAGUGUGGGCUUGACCGUGAUGGAGCUAGCAAUCGGUCGAUUUCCUUUCGAUGCCACGGACUCUGCGGCAGGUGAUCGAGCCAGCUCCGGUCCUAUGGGUAUUCUUGACCUCCUGCAGCAGAUUGUACACGAACCGGCUCCGAAACUGCCAAAGAGUGAGGCUUUCCCAGCUAUCCUCGACGAAUUCGUGGCCAAGUGCCUUCUAAAGAACCCUGACGAACGUCCUUCUCCGCGCCAACUUUACGAUCACGACCACUUCGUGCAAGCUGCGAAACGCACACCAGUCGAUCUACAAGAAUGGGCAGUCUCGCUAAUGGACCGCCAUAAUCGCAAAUCAUAUCUAGCACCCCCUGCACCCAAAUCUUUGAACAGCGAUGGCAGCACGUCCGAUCACACAUGGUAUAGCGGUUCAAACCCGUCUACAUCGUCUAUGCCAACGACAAGUACUAUCGACACGCCUAUGACAUCAAUGUCAAGUGCUACCCCAACCACAGCAAGGAAAAUAGCCAGUCCAUUAGGUGGAGAAAUAACGGUCAUGCAUCCACAAUCACCUCCUCAAAGAAACCCAUUGUCAGCAGGUAUGUCUGCAUUAAAGAUACCAACAGGGUUCGCAGAGCGAUCUCCUCCACCACCAUUGUCUUUGCAACAUCUUUCGUUGGAAACCGAUGAUCCACAUGAGAGUACGGGACGCGCAAUUCGCAGCUUCAGUAAUAACAACAUACCUGAGCCAGCCUCCGCUAUCGAGCCUAGAAGGCCGAUGUUUCCACCACGAACUUCCAGCAGCAACAACUCCAGUGGUUCGAGGUUAGCUGGCCCUUUUAGUUCUGGCUUACCCUCUCGAUAUCCACCACCUUCAGGACCUCUACCUCCACCUCCACACAAAGAUCUACCCACACCACCAUUGUACAAUUCAAAUCUCGUGAGCCCAAGGAGGAACAGAUGA